AUGACCAAGCCGAAAGGCGACAACACUUGGGGACAAAGAAACGGAGAACACGACCGAGUAACUUUGGCGGACAAAUUAGGAGGACACACGCGACUGAGGACAUUAUAAAAAGCUGGAAAUAGUACUCGCGUGGGUCGGUCGCACAAAAUAAACGUUAACGCAUGCCACAAACACUACCCACCCCUUGCCGUGUCACGCCAGCCUCUUUUUUGCUCGACGCCCGCUCCCCUUUGUUCCACACAAUUUGUUAUCUCAUUGCUCCAUAUACCUUUUCUUUUUUCCACUUGUUCGACUGACAGCCAUGGGAUCUCUACCCUACUCUGGGAGUAUGAGUUGCACGCGUUCGCCUCUUUGCGUCUUGGAGGUUCCAGCUGCCGACCGCUGAGGGCGGCACAAUCUACCGCGUCGACAACAGCGCAGAUGACAGCGCAAUGUCAUUCGUUAGGUCCGCUCCCAUCAGUAACCGGGAGGAAAGUUUGUGGAAAGGAGCGAAAAACCCCGACAACUACAACACCAGGAAGCCAAUGCACACCGCAUACCACUGAGAGCGGAGCACCGCUGUUCAAGCAGCAGCGCCCCCGAACCGCGACCUUGGUGCUUCUGUGCUGGUAUGAGCGCGUUCGCACAUUUCAGCAAAAAAAACGAAGAAACAGUUGGAACAAAGGAGAAACAUGGAACGGUGAUGACGGAAGAAGAGGGAAUGAAGCAGUGAGCAACGUUCCCGGGAGGAAAGUUGCAUUGCAACGCCGCCAACAACAAACCGAUGCCACAGCGUCGAUCCAUAACCAAGACUUACAGAGUAGGAGAUCCACUGAAUAUGAGAUCGACAAAAAACAAUGGAAACAUGAACGAGAAAAGAAAAUGGGACACUCUCAUCCGUACGCGGCGUUCGCUGUCAAUGAAAUGAGCCGGAGCAGCAAGGAACGGAAAUUCCACCAAGCAAACCCGCGUUGUGUGCUCGACCUUCAGGGCUAUCAAACGACUUGUUAUUUUCAACGUGCAAGUGAGCACGGGAGAAAACCUUCACGAAUACCCGCAAAAGAAGACAUUUGACCAAGGAUCGGAUUUACCCAAACCGUUCGUAUAUUUUUGGCGGGGAUAACCCCGAGCAUCGGAGUUAGCCGAAUCUUAUCUUCAGUUUUUAUGGUCAGUACGGAGUGCCACAUCGAAGAUAACUGACGGUCAGAGCUCUCACUGACGAAAAGAAUUCGACCUUCCGGUAUACCAGAGAC